AUGAGGGUCUUUCUUCUCCUAGUUGUCUUUGAGCUUUCUUGGGCUCAGUAUAACCCAAAUACAAAGCCCGGAAGGACAUCAAUAGUCCAUCUCUUCGAAUGGCGUUGGGCUGACAUUGCUCUGGAAUGCGAGCGUUAUUUGGCACCUAAUGGAUUUGGUGGAAUCCAGAUCUCCCCUCCAAAUGAAAACCUCGUUAUUACAAAUCCAUGGAGGCCAUGGUGGGAAAGAUACCAGCCCAUCAGUUACAAGCUGUGCUCACGAUCUGGAAAUGAGAGUGAAUUUAAAGACAUGGUGACCAGAUGCAACAAUGUUGGAGUAUAUAUUUAUGUUGACGCUGUAGUCAACCACAUGUGUGGAGCUGCUGCUGGAUCUGGGACCCACUCUACUUGUGGAAGCUAUUUUAAUGCAGAGACCCACGAUUUUCCCGCUGUCCCGUACUCCAGCUGGGAUUUCAACGACUUGAAAUGCAGAAGUGGAAGUGGAGAGAUUGAAAAUUAUGGUGAUCCUUACCAGGUCCGCGACUGUCGCCUCGUUAGCCUUCUCGACCUUGCGCUCGAAAAGGACUAUGUGCGCUCCAAGGUUGCUGAGUAUAUGAACCAUCUGAUUGACAUUGGAGUAGCAGGAUUUCGAAUUGAUGCUUCCAAGCAUAUGUGGCCUGGGGACAUGAAAGCAUUCUUAGGCAAGCUGAAAAAUCUGAGCACGACUUGGUUUGCUGAAGGAACAAGGCCUUUCAUCUUCCAAGAGGUAAUUGAUUUGGGUGGAGAGGCAAUUAAAGCCAGCGACUACUAUGGAACUGGCCGGGUAACUGAAUUCAAAUAUGGUGCAAAACUAGGAACGGUCAUUCGCAAGUGGAGUGGAGAAAAGAUGGCUUAUUUAAAGAACUGGGGAGAAGGCUGGGGUUUUAUGCCUUCUGACAAAGCCGUUGUCUUUGUAGACAAUCAUGAUAACCAGAGGGGGCACGGUGCUGGUGGAUCUGCCAUUUUGACUUUCUGGGAUUCCAGGCAAUACAAAAUGGGAGUCGGCUUCAUGCUCGCUCACCCAUAUGGUUUCACCCGUGUGAUGUCAAGUUUCCGCUGGCCAAGAUACUUUGAGAAUGGAAAGGAUAUAAAUGACUGGGUUGGACCUCCAAGCAAUGUGGAUGGGUCUACCAAAUCUGUUACUAUUAAUCCAGACACAACCUGUGGCAAUGACUGGGUCUGCGAACAUCGAUGGCGUCAAAUAAGGAACAUGGUGAUUUUCCGCAAUGUUGUGGACGGACAGCCAUUUACCAAUUGGUGGGACAAUAACAGCAAUCAAGUGGCAUUCGGCCGUGGCAACAAAGGAUUCAUUGUCUUUAAUAAUGACGACUGGAACUUGUCUGAAACUCUGCAAACCGGCCUCCCUGCUGGCACUUACUGUGACGUCAUUUCUGGGCAGAAGGAAGGCAAUGGCUGCAGUGGAAUUAAAAUCCAAGUCAAUGGCGAUGGCACAGCUUAUUUUCAGAUCAGCAACUCUGCCGAAGACCCCUUUGUCGCCAUCCAUGUCGAUGCUAAAUUAUAGCUCAGGGGAGAGGAAUGUCCUCCCCUCGGUUUUGCUUUCCUAAAGCACUUCUGAGCAAGAUGGGAGUAAUUUUGGAAUCCAUCAAAAGAAUAAAUGGUUGAAAUGCU